UCUCCUCUUCCUUUCUUCAUUCUGUCCUCUUUCCUUCACUUUCUAUCAUCUAAAUCUACUCUUUAUUUUCUUUCUGUUCUGUUGUAAUCUGUCCAUCAUGGCCCCCAAGAAACCAGAACAAAAGAAGGAAGCAGUGAAAGUUUCACCAGAACCAGAAAUUGUUAAGGAACCAAACUUUGAUCCACACAACAUCAAGAUUGACUUCAGUGCUGAUCAGAUUGAAGAGUUUAAAGAGGCCUUCCAGCUGUUUGACAGAACUCCAGAAAACCAGAUGACGAUCUUGUUCUCUCAGUGUGGAGAUGUGAUGAGAGCUCUCGGACAAAAUCCAACCAACGCUGAAGUCCUCCGAGUGCUGGGACAUCCCAAAUCUGAGGACGUGGACAGUAAAUUGGUGGACUUUGAGACCUUCCUGCCAAUGCUGCAACAUGUGGCUCAAUCCAAAGACAAAGGGACGCAUGAGGACUUUGUGGAAGGCCUCAGAGUUUUUGAUAAAGAAGGAAACGGGACGGUGAUGGGUGCAGAGCUGAGACAUGUUCUGGUCACUCUGGGAGAGAGGAUGACAGAGGAAGAAGUGGACAAACUGUUGGCAGGACAGGAAGACGCUAAUGGCUGUAUUAACUAUGAAGCUUUUGUCAAGCACAUCAUGGCUGGUUGAAACAACAUAUUGGAGUCAAAGAAGUUCCUGGUUUUCCCUGGUCACUACUUUCUUCUCUUUCUUCAAUCUAAGAUCCUUGCUGUUUUUGUUGACUUGUUAAGAAUACAAUAAAACGUAUUAGCAUGUUAAA